AUGUCUACCCACGUCACGUAUCCCCCAAGUCCACCUUCUACCGCAAAGCAUUCGAGAUCGGGCAGUCCCGACACGUCCGCGAGAGAAGAACACCUGGUUGACACGGCUGACUCGUCUUCGUCCGAGCUGGCGAAAGUAUAUCCUCUACCACCUUCGUCCAGCAAGAAAAGCGUGCUGAAGGAGGACCUGAAGACGCCCGACAGUCAUGUUGAGCGAGAUCCUCGGCUGAUUCGCCUUACGGGUGUCCAUCCCUUUAAUGUCGAGCCACCGCUGAGCGACCUUUACGACCAAGGCUUUCUCACCAAUGAAGAUCUCCAUUACGUUCGCAACCAUGGGCCUGUCCCUCGUUGUGCAGAUGAGGACAUGCUGGACUGGGAGUUUACCGUUGAGGGCAUGGUUGAUAACCCCAUCACGAUGAGCGUAAGGGACCUGUUGGCCGAUCAUGAGCAAGUCACGUAUCCUAUCACACUUGUCUGCGCUGGCAACCGGCGAAAGGAGCAGAAUAUGGUUCGGAAGUCCAAGGGCUUUUCCUGGGGAGCAGCGGGCUUGUCCACCGCGUUGUGGACAGGCGUGCCCAUCGGUGACCUGCUCGCUCGCGCCAGACCUCGACGGGGAGCGAGGCACGUCUGCUUUGAGGGCGCGGACAAACUCCCCAACGGAUACUACGGCACCUCUUUGAAGCUCAACUGGUGUAUGGACCCGAAUAAGGGGGUUUUGGUGGCGCACAAGAUGAACGGCGAGAAGCUCCAUCCGGACCACGGGAAGCCCAUUCGCAUCGUUGUGCCUGGGCAAAUCGGCGGUCGAAGUGUCAAGUGGCUCAAGAAGAUUAUUGUUACAGCCGAACCGAGUGAUAACUGGUAUCACAUCUACGACAACCGCGUGCUACCGACCAUGGUCACACCGGAAGCCAGCGCCAACCUGCCUGAUGUCUGGAAGGAUGAAAAGUACGCCAUUUACGACCUCAACUCGAACAGCGCAAUCUGCUACCCAGCACAUGGAGAGAAGAUACCAACAACGGGCGAGAAUACGAGCUACAACGUCAGGGGCUACGCAUAUGGCGGCGGCGGCAAGCGGAUCACCAGGAUGGAGGUCACUCUCGACAAGGGCAAAUCAUGGCGCCUCGCGAACAUAUACUACCCAGAAGACGACUAUCGCGCCGCGCCCGAUGGUGACACUCUCUACGGCGGGCGCGUGGACAUGUGGUGGCGUGAAACAUGCUUCUGUUGGUGUUUCUGGUCCCUGGACAUUCCACUGGACGAUCUUUGUUCUGCUGACGACAUCAUGGUUCGCGCAAUGGACGAGGGCAUGAUGGUGCAGCCGAGGGACAUGUACUGGUCUGUGCUGGGUAUGAUGAACAAUCCUUGGUUUCGCGUUGUGAUACAAAAGGAGAACCACUCGUUGCGCUUCGAGCAUCCAACACAACCGGCCCUCAUGCCGGGUGGCUGGAUGGAGAGAGUGAAGAAGAACGGCGGCGAUUUGAGCAAUGGCUUCUGGGGUGAAAGGAUGACUGGUGAAGACGAGACCGUUGUGGUCGAAUCGGAGCCAGCGAAAGACAUCUGCAUGACAAACGACAAGGUCAAGCGUACCAUUACCCUUGAAGAGCUGCAAGCUCAUGCGAGCGAAAAGGAGCCGUGGUUCGUUGUCAAUGGCGAGGUGUACGAUGGAACCUCCUUUUUGGAGGGACACCCCGGUGGCGCAACGUCCAUCACAGCUGCCGCUGCCCAGGACGCCACCGAAGAAUUCGUCACUAUCCAUAGUGAGAACGCCAAAGCCAUGAUGCCCGACUACCACAUUGGCACGCUCGACCCUGCUUCUCUCAAAGCCCUGACCACUGGUGGUGAAGAAGAACAACAGCCUGACGCCAACCGCGCCGUCUUCCUCCAGCCCAAGUGCUGGACAAAAGCCAUUCUCGAGUCCAAGGACAGAGUGUCCCCCGAUUCAUUCAUCUUCACCUUUCGUCUAGACCACGAAGCACAGAAAAUUGGUUUGCCGACGGGCCAACAUCUCAUGGUGCGACUACGUGAUCCCGCGACUCGCGAGGCCAUUAUAAGGGCGUACACACCGCUAUCGGAAGCCGACGAGAAGGGCCUCCUAAGGAUACUUAUCAAAGUAUACUACGAUACGCCUGACCGCCAGGGUGGCAGGAUGACACAGGCCCUCGAUGCCAUCCCCACCGGGCACUUUGUGGACUUUAAAGGCCCUGUUGGGAAAUUUGAGUAUCUCGGUCAGGGCCGAGUCAGUGUUUCCGGGCAGACGAGGCAUAUUCGUCGGUUCAUCAUGGUCUGCGGUGGAUCGGGUAUCACCCCCAUCUUCCAGGUUCUGACGGCAGUCCUGAAGGAUCCCAAGGACGAGACAAAGUGUCUCCUGUUGAAUGGCAACCGGGAGGAGACAGAUAUUCUGUGCAAAGUAGAAUUGGACGAACUAGCCAAGCUGCACCCGGCGCGCUACCAGCUCAUCCACACGCUUUCAAAGCCUAGUCUCGCGUGGGCCGGGAGGAGAGGCAGAAUGGACAAGGCCUUUUUCUCAGAAGAGGUCGGCGCACCCUACAAAUCUGGGAUCGGAGACGAGAUGGUCCUUGUCUGUGGGCCGAAACCCAUGGAGCAAACGGUCAAGGAGGUGUUUCUGGGAAUGGGCUGGAGCGAGGACAAUUUGCUGUUCUUCUAG